AUGGCGCCCGUAUGUAGAACGUGGAUAUGUCUGCAUUACAUUAUAUAUAAGCCUACUCCUCCUUCACCAGUUUUGCUCUGCUGCUCUCACCGUCCCGGUGAAAUAAAGCUCGGACGAUUAUCCCAUUGUUUCCUCUGCAAAAUGACAUCCCCAGACAGACUGGAUCGCACGGAAACAGAGCCAGAUAUCGAAGUCGGCCUGUCGGAGAUCUUGAGGCAUCACAUCACCAGAAAUCUCCGGAGUCAACCCAUCUCUCGUAGGAGGCUAGCACUCGAGCACAAGCGUCCCCCACUCAUCAGGGCCUGCGUGGCCGAGACCAUUGGCGUGUUUUUCUACGUCUUCCCCGGCAUUGCAUCUGUCGCCUCACUCCUCACCAAUGCAACAAACCCACUGGGCGCAGCUGUAUUUGGCAGCUUCUUCCAAAUCGGUCUGGCAUUCGCUGUGGGAAUUAUAUUUGCUAUUAUCAUCGCUGCACCGACAUCAGGGGGACAUUUGAACCCGGCCAUUACUAUCUGUUUCGCGACUUGGAAAGGAUUCCCGUGGAGAUUGGCCCCCUUCUAUAUCUUCUCCCAGAUUCUCGGGGCCAUGAUUGCAGCCUUUGUCGUCGCAGGCAUGUACUGGCAGCAGAUAUCAUUCGUCAAGGAGUUCCUGGAAGCAAACCAUCAGUCUCAGGCUGUGGUGUCUGCGACAGGGCCGGCGGCUAUAUUCGCCUCGUACCCUGCUGACGGGCAGCAUAAUCAUGGAUAUCUUUUCUUAAUUGAAUUCUUCGCCGAUAGCUUCAUUGCAAUGGUAAUAUGGGCUUCCAUCGACCCAGCAAACUUCCUCAUCUCCCCCCAGACUCUCCCCUUUAUAAUCGGCCUAGGCUACGCCGCAAUGGUCUGGGGAUUCGCUCCGAUAACCCUCUCCGCGAACAUGGCGAAGGACGUAGGCUGCCGCAUCGUUGCUGCCGUCUUCUUCGGCGGCAAAGCCUGGACCUACCGGCAUUAUCCCUGGAUAUCGGUGUUGGUCAACAUCCCCGCGAGUCUGUUCGCGACUUUUGUUUACGAGGUGUUUCUUCGGGAUUCGCUGGGUGUUAUUGGGAGUGGGAUGGCGGCUUAUGAGCAUGGGAAGGAGGGGUUAGAGAGGUAUCUUGCUGAGUCGGGGUUUACGGAUAGGGUUAAAGCGGAGAUGCGGAGGCAUGGUGAUGUGUCUGGUCAGAGUCAGAGUAAUAGUCAGGAUGGACGGCAGGGGGGGGAUCAGCAUGUUGAGGUUGUGAGUUCUGUGAAGGUUGAGUGA